AUGAAAAGGAGUUUGGUUGACACUCCAACUCGCAGCACAGCAGGUUGUCUGCCUGUACCUCUGUUCAAUCAGAAAAAAAGAAAUAGGCAGCCCCUCACUUCAAAUCCACUUAAACAUGAGCCAGGUACCAGUUCUGGGACUUGUACUUAUAACUUUUCUCCCACAUCAUUUGGCUGGGGAACUGCAAACCCAGAAGUGGAUGAGCUAGAGAAAGAGACAAGCAAUAGCCGAACAGAACAACAGAUGGCUGCUUCCUUUAUGAAACCACCAAAUGCAUCACAAUCUAAAUUAGCAAACGCUGGAAAAAACUUGUAUGCUUGCAGGGCAGAAGAGAAGACUCCCAGUACUAAAGUUUGGAACAGAAAUGCGUUUACUCCUUUAAGUAACACAACAGAUUCAAGAUCUCGUAGUGCAACUAUUCAAAAGUUUGAGAGCUUUUCAAAUAGUUUGAAAACUGCCCAGCAGCAAAAAACACCCAAUAACCAUAAUUCAGCUCAGCACAGCAAAACAACAGAAGCCGGCCAAACAUACACAUCGAGAGGACAGUGGCCAGUGAAACCUAACACUGUUUCAAAAAGUCUGCAGGAUCAUAGCCCGGCAUAUAAAUUUAACCACAAUAUUCCGCAAAAUAAAAUGAAUGAAAACCAGUUUGAUUGUGUUCCAGAAGAGAAAAGUCAGGAAGCUUCAUCAUCUCGAUUAAAAAUUAAAGAAAAAAAGAAUUCUUUGCGAAUCCUAUCUGCAGUCAUUGAAAGUCUGAGGCACUGGAGUCAAUAUACUUAUAAAACUGCACUAUUAUUUGAAGUUUUAGGCACACUUGAUUCUGCAGUCACACCUGGAGCAUAUGGGUCAAAGAAUUUUCUUCUGAGAGAUGGAAAGCAGAGUCUCCCUUGCGUAUUUUAUGAAAUUGAUCGGGAGCUUCCAAGACUAAUUAGAGGUCGAGUGCACAGGUGCAUGGGAAACUAUGACACAAAAAGGAACAUUUUCAAGUGCGUCUCUGUAAGGCCAGCAACUAUUCAAGAACAAAACACUUUCCAAGAGUUUGUUAAAAUAGCAGAUGUUGAAAUGACAGCGUAUGUAAAAACAAUGAAUGAAAUUUAAAUGUUGAUUUUCACUAAUAAAGUGAAGCCCAUAAAGUCUGGACAUGCUAAAGCAUUUACCAAAGCUAAUACGGAAAAUCUGAUUAAAUAAUUGAAAAAUAUCACUAUGCUAUAUUAUCCAACAAAUAUUAGUAACAAUUGUUUGGUUUCACUAUACUUUUCAUAGCUUAUCUUUCCCGAUUAAAUAUAUAAUAAGAGGGUUUUGUUACAUAUUAGAUUAAAUUUUACUGGAGAAGUUCUGAAUUGAAAUGUUUAAGCCUUGCAGUAGCGAAAGUUGGAAAAAGAUCAAUACUAACUCAGAUUGCCAUUGCUUUUCAUUAUCUUCAGUUUUUAGAAAUCCUUUCAAUACUUAUUUAAAAAUGUUGACUAUAUGGUACUUUUGAGGAGUAUUUUGUCAAAGUUUAGCAGCUAACAAACAUCAACAAAGUUCUGUUUCAUUCUGCAUAUUGCAUUAAAGCUGUUCUUUGGUAGCAAGUACGAAGGUGGUCUUUAUUUCCCUUAAAUUCCAACUAACAGGUUCUCUUCUUUUACUGGAUUACAAGAACACAUGUAAAAGCUUUUCUAGAAAUUAAUAUAAUAGAUACUACAGAAAGAUUUCAUAGGCUGCAGCUGUACAUAUUAGGCAUUCACACAGUUACCAUUGAUAUGUUAUCUAAUUCAUGGGGUUUUUUUUUAAAAUAAAUAAUUGGCAUAACACCUGCAUGAAACAGCAGCAGAGACUGCCGCUGUGGGAGGAUUGCACAAGGACACAGAGGAAGUCGGAGACAAAUAAUUAUUUGCACACAGCACUUCCCUGCCUUUGCCACAGAAACAUCUUUUAUGAGGGAUGG